GCCACAGCGCGGCGGGGCGAGCCAGCGAGCAGGGCGCGAGCGGCGGCGCUGCCUGCAGCCAGCAGGGCGCGUGCGCGGCGGCGGCGGCGGCGGCGGCGGCGACCGGGGAGCGGCCGAAGGAGCGCGCGGUGCGAGGCGAGAGGCGAGAGGAGAGGCGAGCGACAUGGGGGACCGUGAGCAGCUGCUGCAGCGGGCGCGGCUGGCCGAGCAGGCGGAGCGCUACGACGAUAUGGCCUCCGCCAUGAAGGCGGUGACUGAGCUGAAUGAACCUCUAACCAAUGAAGAUCGAAAUCUGCUCUCUGUGGCCUACAAGAAUGUGGUUGGUGCCAGGCGAUCCUCUUGGAGGGUCAUCAGCAGCAUCGAGCAGAAAACCAUGGCCGAUGGAAAUGAGAAGAAAUUGGAGAAGGUUAAAGCUUACCGAGAGAAGAUCGAGAAGGAGCUGGAGACCGUUUGCAAUGAUGUUCUCGCUCUGCUUGACAAGUUCCUCAUCAAGAACUGCAAUGAUUUCCAGUAUGAGAGCAAGGUGUUUUACCUGAAAAUGAAAGGUGAUUACUACCGCUACUUGGCAGAGGUGGCUUCUGGGGAGAAGAAAAACAGUGUGGUCGAAGCAUCUGAAGCCGCCUACAAGGAAGCCUUUGAGAUCAGCAAAGAGCACAUGCAGCCGACGCACCCCAUCCGACUGGGCCUGGCCCUCAACUUCUCCGUGUUCUACUACGAGAUCCAGAAUGCGCCCGAGCAGGCCUGCCUCUUAGCCAAACAAGCCUUCGACGAUGCCAUAGCUGAGCUGGACACACUAAAUGAGGAUUCCUAUAAGGACUCCACUCUGAUCAUGCAGUUGCUGCGAGACAACCUCACCCUCUGGACGAGCGACCAGCAGGAUGAAGAAGCAGGAGAAGGCAACUGAAGAUCCUUCCAGUCCCCUGGCCCUUCCUUCACCCACACCCUCAUCAUCACCAAUUCUUCCUUGCCACAAUCACUAAGUAUCUAGUGCUAAACCUAUCUGUAUUGGCAGCACAGCUACUCAGAUCUGCUCUCCUGUCUCUUGGGAAGCAGUUUCAGAUCAACCUUCAUGGGCAUUGCUGGACUGAUGGUUGCCGUGAGCCCAUAGGAGCUCCCUUUUUGAGAUGUGCAGAGAAGUGAGUUCUGAAUGAGGCAUUUCACCAUGCCUGUUGAUCUAGGAGAAAUUCAGGCAUAAGUAAUAGGGGCGUUUAGAAAGGAGAAGUGGCUAUUUAAAACAAGCUGAUAGUGUUUUGUUAAGCAGUACAUCUUGUGCAUGCAAAAAAAACGAAAUCACCCCUCCCACUUCUUUCUUCAGCUAAUGGAAAACUGUUAAGGGAAGCUGAUACAGAGAGACAACUUGCUCCUUUCCAUCAGCUUUAUGAUAAACUGUUUAAUGUGAGGUUUCAGUAGCGCCUUGUUUUUUGCCUCUUUAAAUUAUGAUGUGCACAAAACCUUCUUUUCAAUGCAAUGCAUCUAAAGUUUUGAUACGUGUAACUUUUUUUUGGUUGCUAUUGUUUAAGAAUCAUGGAUUUAUUUUUUUGUAACUCUUUGGCUAUUGUCCUUGUGUAUCCUGACAGCACCAUGUGUGUCAGCCCUUGUCAAUCAAGAUGGGUGAUUAUGAAAUGCCAGACUUCUAAAAUAAAUGUUUGGAAUCCAAUGGGUAAAUAAAUGCUGCUUUGGGGAUAUUG